AUGGAGAACGAAAAACCGGGUCGCUGUAGGUUUUAUCCGUUGACUAGUAUUGUCUGGGAUACCGACACGGGUAUAUCUGCCACUACACCUGUAGAUGACACUACUUACCCGGAGCUUUUGUUUUCCUGCACAGGACGCCAUCUAGUGAUGGGUCCAGCCAAUGGGCGUGAUUUUUUGUCCGUCUCACUUGAUAACCUCGCGCUGGAAGAAAAUAUUUCCAUCAAAGCGCGCGGAGAGCGUGUGCUGAGCUUUGAAGGCAGAACAGAGGCAGGAAUUACUGGAAUUCUCGCCGUUCCAAACGGGCACGUCCUUUGCUGGGAGGAAGAUCACGCUCUUCGAGAGUAUCACUUAGCCUUUGAAUCAGAUAAUAAGACUGUGCUACUGGCAGAACUUGCCACUGACGUACAGCAACUUUAUGCUCUCCCUCACCCCAUAUUGCUGACGUUGGACCCACCUGGUGAUGACACUGUCUGCAAACCCCAGGAGAUGCUUUGCUUGGGCACGUACAUCACAGAUACGUGUCUUACAGCUAUCAUCUUGAUCGACAAUGCACAACUAGCGUUCUGCAAAAUAGCAGCGUUAGAUGAUUAUAUUAAGCAUGGCACAGCUCCAACACUAACGAGCUGUGUGACGUCAUCUAGACGCUUGGUGUUUGGUGUCUUCCAGUCGCCUGAGACCUUGUUAAUAGUAGAGGCUGACGAUCUAUCUACACCACAAAUCUAUGACGUAAGUCAAGUAUUUGAUGACAACCUCCUUGACGAAGGCACUAGUUAUGCUGAUCCAAAAGAAGUCGUUUUAUUAGGACUAUUUGACGGAAAAUUUGCGAUAUUAGCAUCUUAUACCAGCGAUUAUGAUACUGUUGUUGCUAUUUAUAACAUUUUUGAUAAAAAGCUAGAGUUUAGUACAGUUGUUAAGCAAUAUGUUGUAGGCUGUACCGUGACCCCAUACUGCCCUGGUCCUUACGAUUUCUUCUUUAAUAUGCUAUUUCUAAACAUGAGUGACAUUGUUUCCCUAGACUUCUUUUAUUUUUCGUACGCCGCACGCGACAAUUACAAUGCAAUUCUGGAGAGGCUCGACUCCUAUAUGAGCAAAGAAGGUCACUCCACAAACCACUUUAUUAAUGUACUGGUUAAAUCAUGUGAGGAGUUCUUCCAAUCUCUCAAGGUUUCUGGUGAUUACGCCCACACCUUUAUUCCGUUAUUGAGUGGCUCUGAACUGUUCGGGAUGGUUCCCAGUGCACGCUUCUCUAGGGUUCCAUGCCUUCCGGAGGUAGAUCAGAGUAUCUUUUUUUCUCCACAGAACAUAGUCCUUAGUACCCCGGUCAUUUCAUCUGCCUCAGCAAUCGCAGAUAACCCAUCCAUACCAGGCAUCAACCAUAAGGAAGACCUUAUUAAACAAAAGAUUAUUACGAUGGGCGACACAAUUGACUGGAGUUAUUCAACCAACGCUUGUGAAAUUAAGGACAAGAUAAAGGAAUUGGUCACUAAUAGUUGCACUGAGUAUAACCUAAGUGUUACGCUUUCAGAGUUACCUCCAUUUCAUCUGGAUUCGCCUAAUUGUGGCUAUGAUAAAAUCUAUGCCAAUCUGGUGUUUGCUCACCUUGGUGGAACCAAUCAAAUGACCGUCUAUGUAGAGACAGUUUCUCGCGUGUACAUCUCAGACUUUUUACCUCUCUACAUACUACAAUUUGACAUUAGAAAUUCCCAGGACGGAAGUAGCUGCAUCAGUUCCUUAAAAGUUCCUCAGAACGAAGAAACUACUGCUCUGGAAACUGCUACUCUCUUAGAUGAUACUCUCCUUACUGAUUACCCCACUGACAUGCUAGGCCUAGCUAUCAGCGAUGAACCUCCAUUAAUGGAGGUCAGUGAAAAGAAACCAAGCAAUGCCCAUGAGCAGCCACUAAUCUGUGCGUCUAUCGAGGCGCACUCUUCUCCUAAGACAGGCUCAGCUGAGCCGGCACCUUUGCAUCAAGGGGAAUCAAAGUUCUCUCCUUCGGGAUCAUUAAAGAACGACUUAAAUUAUCUAGAGGCAGAGCUAGAUACACAGAUUAAUAAAAAGAUUGAUGAAGCCAAAGAAAAGUAUGCUCAAGCACUUAGUAGUCUAAUAACUGCAUAUGCUGUUAAAGGGGAGCUCACCCUAUUUCUGGAUUCUAUCUUACCGGACUACUUUGCUACAAGCCCAUCAUACUUGUCAGUCAUGAAACAACUCAAUCAACUUAGAGGAGUUCAUAUCAUGUUAGAGAGUAGAACUGUCGAUGGGUGUUCUCUUAGCACCAACUUCCUCAGAAACCUUUAUGCGAUGAAGUCGCAAAACGCGUUUCCUUCCCUCACACCUAUGUUUGGAGCGGACUCGCUGACAUUUUCUACGGCAAUCAUAAAGGAUAUUAACGGAUUAUUGUGUUAUCGUCUGAGCUCUCCGUUGUUACCUAGCCAUGCUUCUAGCGAGGAGACUACAAUAGGUAUUCACCACUUUUGCGAUGUCAUGGACACUGUACUCUCUGCUUAUGAGCACCAGCUCGAUGUAUUUCAACUGGGAUAUAGACUGUAUUGGAACAUGGACGAGUCACUAAAACUGUUGAACUCCAAAGAGCCUUGCACUGAACACUUUAAUAAUGCUGCUAGCUCUUUACCCACAUCAACGAUACAGCCGGACAGCACGUUAUUUGGCACCUCCUCAAGUGGGGUUCGCACUAGCAGGCCUAAAGCUAAUACCAUUGACUCUCUGGAUCUCAGCAACUAUGAAGAUGCUUCCCUUGAAGAGCUCACUUUAACUCAGAAUAGGGUUUCAAAUUCGGGUUUUUCUUCUUUAUUUAACAGUAUGAACUAUAAGUCAUCCUAUACCGGGAUAGCACAGUCAUACUCUUUAGAUAACACAAACCUGCCUCUACGGUUAACCCGGCCUUUGGAAACAACGUAUGAAAACGGCAACCAAAUGAAGAUUGCAAAUAAAUUUAAAGCAUCGAGCCUUGAUGAGGUCUUUCGUAAACUCGGCUCUGGGAUUACUAUGCGGAUGUCUGUGAAGCAGCAGAGUCUUCCGCACGUGCAAGAUAAUUACUCACUUCCCCCGUGUACCAGCUUUAUUUUGUCGGAGUUUGUGGAAGACGUGGACAGGAUGGAGAAUGCCUCAGCUGGGUCGGCUUCCUCUAGAAAGAAGUUGCCCAGCAAAAGGAGCUCGGUGUUCCAGCACUUUCCUAGCAUAAAGCCGACUUUCAAGACUUCAGAUGGGAAACAAUAUUCUAACGUUCUAACGGUAGCAUUUAAACCGAGUAUAUAUGAUAACAACAAUACCCUUAGUACUGCUACGUCAACUAUAUGCUGUGAGUAUCCAGAUGGUUCAUAUUUAAGAGGACUCGUACAGAGCUUGGCACCGCCUCCUUUCUUCGAAGAAGUCUCGCCGAAAAUAACAAAGUCCACGCUCUGCAUAACGGAUUUAUAUGCAUCCCAUUCAUUUGAGACAAUUGUCGAACAGUCAAAGCAACUGUCUGGAGGCAAUGUAGUUACUCAUAAAGAUGCUAUGCAUCAGAGGAUCGAAAGCACUAGUCAGACCCUUUUUGGCGCCGAGAACAGUCUAUCAAAAUCUCAGACCAGUUUCAGUUUUGGUGUACCCAUUCAGAAACAUACUAGCCAGCCGCAGAUGAUAAACGAAUCCACUCAGCAGAAGAGCGCCUGGCCAGAAGCAAAGCCAUUUACAUUUGUAGCACCAAUAAAGUCAGAAGUGCAGUCAGAAAAACCACUGUUCUCGUUUGGACCAAAACUAGAACCUAGUAACUCUGUCCAGGCAGAAAAGUCGCCCGAUGAUAAAUUGGAACCAGCUCAGAAUAGGGACGCAGCAGAUAUGACUCUACCGGUCCCCCAUCCAGUACCAUUAUCAGUAUCAACGGACACAACACACGAAGAGCAGAAAACAUCAAUAUCUGACUCUAAACCUGCAAGCGAAGCUCGUGAAAAUAUCAAAGAUGAAUCUACCAGCGAGACAGCAAGUGGUAGCAAGGCACUGUCAUCUGGGUUUAAUUUUAAUGUUCUAAAACCCAUCAUAGCACAGGAUGCAGGAAAUAAAUCAAAGAGUUGCGAAUCUAGCUUCCAGCCAACCGCGCCUACUAAGACAGCUGGCAGUACUUCUAGUUUGUCCGAAGUAUUUAAUAACUUCACCAAGACCACCAAGACUGAACCAAAUGGCAAUAAUGUACUUCAACCUAGUCCUAGUCAGCCAGCUGCAAAUUCAUUUGCUUUUGGUGUACCAAAAGAACCGCCUGAGAGUAAUGUGGUGAGUACAGUGACUACUUUUGGCACUGGAUUUGGCACCAGCACUAAUUUUGGCUUUGAUACAGUAACUAUCAAUCCAACUCCCAACGUCGGAGCCCAGAUGACAACACCGGUUACUACUUUCCAAAAUUCCUUUUCAUUUCAGGGAGUAUUUGGUCAAGGAUCACAACAGACAGCACCAACCGCUAAAAUGUUUAAUCCUCCUUCCUCUGGCACAACAACUAAUUCAGUUUUUGGCAAUGUGGGAUUUCCAGGGACCUCUAAUCCAUUUGGAUCUGGCACGGCACCAAUAAGCUUUAACUUUGGCGGCGUGGCGAACAAAUAG